UGCUGGAAGCUUGCAAAAUGUUCAAAUUCGUCAGCGUUUUACUCUUGAUGGUCUUCUCUGAGGUCAUCAUCGCCGAUGAUGUCACCGAUGGUACCGAACUCGUCUUUUCACUACUUAUUCACCGUCAUGGAGACAGAACUCCCAUCGAGUCUUCCUUAUUCUUCAGCAACGACGCGGCCACAUUAAGGGAAUUGUCUGCACCUUAUGGUUAUGGACAGCUUACUGAUGUUGGAAAAAGAAGCGCUUUUGCAUUGGGAGAUUACAUUGGUCGUCGAUACAGCGAACUCCUAGCUCCAAAAUAUAAUCGUUCGGAGGUGUACAUCCGAUCCACUGACUCCACUCGCACCAAAAUGACCAUCCUCACAGCUCUGUCUUCUAUCUAUCUGCCAGCUAACGGAAGUGGAUGGAGUGAUGACCUCAAUUGGGAACCAGUACCAUAUACCACCGUGCCUGCCAAAUAUGAUUUUAACCAAGCCAGCUUGAACUGUCCGACCUUUAAAACGGACUUGGCAUUAUCGAUGUUGAGACCUUAUCUAAAAUUACAAGUACAAUAUGGUGAAAUUCUGGAUUUGUUGUCACGGAAGAUUGGAUUUAGUGUUAAAUUUUUGCCUGCUCUCGUUUAUGGUGUCUACGAUGUUUAUACUGCUCAAUUAAGUUUGGGACUGGCUAUUGACGAAGAAAUAGCAGCUGUUUUUGACGAAGUAGAAGAAGUUGCUGGAGCAGCUAUAGAUGUACUCUAUGGGAAUGAUGUGAACAAGAAAUAUCAGGCUGGCGUACUUCUCAACGAGUUCUACACUUACUCGGCUAAAGCCAUUGCAGGAGAUGAGACACAAAGACUGAGAAUAUAUUCUGCACAUGAUGUCAAUGUAUACGCAUUCGAAGCUGUCACAGAAAUUACACCUAGACAGGGUGUGCCCAAAUAUGCGUCAGCUUAUAGUUUGGAAGUAAGAAGAGUUACAGAAACUGGCAAAUUUGUGGUUUUGCCGGUAUACCAGCCUGCACCGGGUGAAUCGGAAAUUUACUUGCAAGUCCAAGGCUGUGAUUUACUCUGUGACUACGAUCAAUUCGUUGAAAUAACCAGCAAGAACGCUCUGGACGAAGACACUUGGAGGACUGAGUGCGGAUUCACUGACGACCUUGUUAUUGAUGAUUCAUCUGUUGCUUAAAAAUACUGAAACAAAGCGAGAUUACCAAGUACAGUUGUUACGACUAAUAUUAACAAUACUUAACCAAUUUUUAUAACAUUAUUAACUAGAUUUAGAAAUGUUUGUUGUAUAAUCAGAUAUGCAUGUUAAACUUAGUCUUAUAGCAGAUACAUAAGGCAUAUAUUACAAAAUCAGUAGAUACUGAUCUGCUUCAGAAUCGAUUUAUUUUACAGUUUAAUUUUCACGCAAUUCCAGAACCGAUUCAAUCUGUAGUUUAACUUUCACAAAAUAAAUCUAUAAAAUCUCUUAUUUGAGAAGAGUCGAGUUUCUUGCCUAUUUCUGCUUAACUGUUUUUCAGAUUGUGUGAUACAGCAAUAUCACACUGACGGUGCAUAAAAUGAAGUUUAGUUAAAUUAUUUGAUUACAGUUUAUUUUGAUUUCUGUUUAGAAUCUUCGUUUCAAAUUCAAUAAGGUCCAUAUUGUAAUACCGUUUCGCACAACUCUUGUCGCUCUCUAUCAAAGACUUUCAGCUCUCUAUCAUUCUUAGAAAUUAUAUUAUUAUAUAUU